AUGGAAGAGAGUCCCGAAGAGAGCCCCGAAUCCGGCCAAAGCAUGAUGGGCAUUGACCCAACCCCUUCAAAGGCACCUGCAGAGGCCGCAUUUCCAAAGCAGACACGCCUACUCAUAGAGUCGGAGGAUAUUCUGAAGCGAGAGAAAAAGCCAAGCCCACCUACAUACGCAUCAUCCCAACCAGUCAAAGCUCUCCCAUCAACUCUCCUCACCACUCAGCACGCUUUCGGCAUCUUCUCCCGCCUCACAAACCUCAUUUCCCAAACGAAACAAGACCCUCUUGUCCUCGCACGGCGGCUCCUCUUCAACGCAUGGACACAGGGAUCCAAGCGGCUGGGUGGCAUAGGAUGGUGGCUCUUAGGUCUGGUUUAUGGAACUCGAUGGCGUAAACGGAAACGCACGGCUGACAGCGGAACAGUUGAGCCAACAACUACACAGGACUUUGACUGGCAUCAUUUUACGGCUGAAGCGAGCAGGAGUAGGGCCGCUGAGCACUACUUCAGAGACUAUGGGGCCUGCCAUCAGAGAAUGGACUCCUGGCGUUCUCCGCCACAUGCCUCAGCUCAACAAUUGCCUUCGAGCAAUAUCAUACCUCCGUCUGCUCCCUCUCCCAAACCGAGAAAGCAACCCCACUUCUUUCCCUGCAACGACUGCGUCGAACCUUCAUCCCGCCGCACGCUCCGCCUCUGGUUCCAAUUCUCACUCACCAUCGUCCUCGCCGUCGGCAUGGCCAUCAAAGACGGUCCCGCAAGUCUACUAUGCGAAGACCUCGACCCCCGUCUUCCAUAUCACGCGCACGAGUCGCUGCCGCAAGCAACCCAAAACCCGAAGAAUCAUUGGCAUGAACGCGAACCAUUACUGCAAGCGCACCGAUCGAGAUCAAGGCACCAGAGUGGCGAUGGAGAUGGACUCGUCGUCGACCACCCAGACGGCACAUCUCCGCCUUCGAGGGUCGACAGCCUCCAGUCCAACGGCAUAGACUCCGGCUACGGCAGCAUCACGUUCGCCGAGACGUUGGGACCGGCAGACUUUGAGGCCAUUUGCUGA